AGUGUCUGGAAAAAUUGCUGUUAUUGCUAGUUUGAUCCUCCUCCCCUGUUGUUCUCUGUCCAUGGAAGCUGCAGGAAUCCUGUCCCACAAUGCCAUCUCUCCAGCUGCCCCUGCUACUCCUCUGCUUGACCUUGUGUGGUGUUUGCUUCAACGGGGGACAUCUCCUUCCAGAGGAAAGGGAAAACAUGGGAAAAAGUCCCCUGGAUGACAUCCUUCAGAGACCUGAAAGCCUCAUUCUUCAGUCUGUCCUCAAGAAAGCUGAAAAGGAAGAAGAGAUUAAUAAAGAAUCAAAUGCCCCUCUGCUACAAUGGCUUUCCAAAAGACAACACCCUGGGAAAAAGUAUGUAAGUAACCUGAAGAAGAGACAGCAUCCUGGAAAAAGAGCUAUUGAGGAAGAGACAUCUUAUGGAGACAUUCAGAAGAGGCAGCAUCCAGGAAAAAGAGAGAUGGAAGAUGACCUUGAUGUCUAUCUGGAGCUGAAAAGACAACAGCCUCCUGGCAGAAAGUCACAGUUGGAUCAGUUUGCUAACAGCCCUAGGGCACAGCUAACCUACAUGAAUGAGUUAUCCAAAAAAGAACAUCCAGGCAGAAGGUAUCCAAUGUACAAGCACCAGCAUCCUAGCAAAAGAGGCUGGAAUUAUGAGGUAGAAUACAGUGAGAAACACCAGCAUCCUGGAAAAUGGCACUGGAAUUCUGACAGCUCAGAUGACACAGGCCAUCAGGCCUCAUUCACCUGUCACAAAGGCAGCUUGUUGCUUGAUUUAGUAGAAGAUGUUAGCAGAGACAGGGUAGAAGAAAAGCGUCAGCACCCAGGAAAGAGCUCAGCAUUGGAGAGUGAAAAACAGGAAUGA